AUGUCUAUAUUGCAUCAAAUAAAUUCAGAUGGAAGUAUUGGUUUACCAUUUGGACGUGCUGUUGAGAACUAUAUUUUAUCACUACCAAUUGUAAAAGGUGCACGUUUCAAAUGUCAAAGCCAGCAAAAAUUAAAUCAAGCUGUUCAAAGAGAUUUUGUUGUUUUUAAAUGUGAAGAAGGUGCAAUUGAUUUUAAAGGAUGGACUACGAUUACUGGUAUGACAAAGUCAACGAAUCGCUUGGAUGACAGGCUUGAACUAACAGAAAAGGGACAAAGUUAUGUAAAUCAGAUUCAGCAGAGUCUAGUUCCAGAUUUUUGUGUUUGGCAUUGGGUUUUUUAUUGUGCAGGUGAUGGAAAUUGUCAGAGAGUAUGUAGCGGAUUUGAAAACUGUUUACCUAAUUAUCCAAACUAUAAAAUGAAAAAUAAUUUAAAAAAUAGCAAUGAUAUGCAUAAAUGCAAAGUUCGUAUAAUUACCAAAGUUAUGCUUAAUAUGGUUAGGGAAAGAUUUCCUAUUAAAUUAUAUAUAGAAAGUCAGCAUAUUCCUACAAAUAUUUUUAUUCAACAUGAAUCAGCUGUUACAUGUUUAAAUCUUAGUAGAACAAUAAGGGAUCAGGUUAUAUUAAGUCGACGUGCAGAUGGACAUACAGCUAAAGAAAUUAAACUCAAACUUUUAGCUCCAUUUAAUGGUGCAUCAAAAGAACAAUUAGAACAACAAGAGAAAUAUGGAACUAAUAUAUUUAAAGAGAAGGGAUUUGUUCUCUAUUAUCAACAAGAGGAUCAAAGUUUUCCUUCAAAUUCACCAGAACACUAUUAUCAACUUACUAUAAGUGAUAAUAUGUGGCUUGAACAAGCUCGAAAUUAUGGUUCAUUUUGUUUUGGCAUUGAUGCAAAGUAUGAUCUUAAUAACGACCGGGCACCUAUUCAUAGUCUUGUAGUAGAAGAUUGUGGAAAUUGGGGUACGCCUAUAGGAUUUGCAUUGUCUAACAAAGAAAAUAUAAAUACAAUAAGGCUUGCAGUCGAAGCAAUAAAGGCAAAUAUACCUUGUAAAAAUAUAAAUUGUGAACAUCUAUAUGAAUAUAUUAUAUUACCUAAUAAUAAGGGGUUUAAAUGUAUACGGCCAUGUGCAAUUGAGUGGAAACCUUUUGCAAUGAUAGACAAACAUCGGCCAACCAAAGCUGCAUUAAAGCCUAUUAUUCAUGGUACAAUACUUUGUUGGUUCUAUAUAAUGCAAACUUUUAGAAAUCAUUUUCGUACACAAAAAAUUGACUGGAACCUAAGAUAUCCGAUAGCACUGGCAUUUAAGAUUAUUGGUAGAUGUAGAAGUAUAACUGAAGCUAGAGAAAUGGCAAUUGAAUAUAAAAAUUUUAUUAAUUCACUUCCAAUUUCUGUUAAUACAAAAGCAUUUUUUAUAAAUGAUCUUGAAGACAAUUGGCUUAGUCAAGAGUGGAUCCUUAGUUUUAUUGAUAGUGGACGUUUACCUAAUAAGGAAGAUGAGUCUAAUGUAAAACCUUGGACUACUAAUAAUUUUACUGAAAGAAUGAAUAAAACUUUUGAAGAAAGAUAUUCAGGCACCCAAACAGUAUUAACUUUCAUUGAACGUCUUUAUGGUAUCAAGAUUGCUCGCUCAAAUCUUACUGAAAAUUGUAGUCAGUUGAUCUUUAAUGCAGGGCUUGUUACUUACUGGAACUUACACACCAUUGAGCACCAAAAUGGACUAUCUAGAUUACAACCUGAUAUAACACGCCGUAUUAAUCAGGGAAAAUUAAAAGUAUUACAAGAUGAUAUUCUUGAAGUUCCAGACAAUCCAAACUUUUUAUAUGUGUGCAUGAAUAAUCAAAAGCAAAAUAAUUUUCGAUCUCCAUAUACAACAGAUAAAAUUAAAUUUGGAGAUAGUGAGGCUCAAGAGAUAUCUAAGAUGAUUACAAAGCUUGCAGCAAAGCAUAUGGUUCCAAUGCUGUCUAAUUAUUAUUUGGUUAAUUAUAUUACAAGUGAAUGUACCUGUCUUGACUUUAUUUGGCAUGGAUCAUUUCGUGAUUUUUGCAAGCAUGGUCAUGCAGCACGUAUUUAUGUAUCUAUAAAGAGAAAUGAGCAUUCAAUUAAUCAAAUAAAAAAAGAAUUUCAAACUACUGAAAAAGAUCCGUUUAGACCAAGUGAGCUUCCAAGAUUGAAACAUGCUGUCAAUUUAUUAAGUGUAGAGUUUAAUGAAGCAAAUAAUCAAGUAGCUAUAGAAAAUGAACAUUUAAAUAGUGCACUGUAUUUACGAAAUGAAGAUAUUAAUUCACUUACUCUGAAUAAUAAUAACAUUAAUCUUGAUGAUUCUAAAAAAUUGAGUAAUUCGCAUACUUUAACCUAUAAUUAUUACAAUCAAGAAACAAUGUUUGUACAAAAUAAAGAUAUUCCAGAAUCUCAAUUCACUUCUUUUAUUCAACCCAAAUCAAAUAAUCCAUUGGUCCCGAUUAUAGAAAACAAGAAUAUGCCACAUUCUAUUGAAAAACGUCAAACUAAAAGAGUACGAAAUAAUAAGCGCAAAAUUAAAUUAGAUUCAAGUUUGCGUGAUAAUGAAAAUGUUCCGCCACCAAGAAGAAGGAGAAUUGAAAAACCUGCAUUGGAAGAACUUUUUGAAGAAUAA